CAUGUCUUAUCCUCCAGAGCUGCACUCACUAUUCUGCUGUUACAUCAUGUCUUAUCCUCCAGUCACCUCCAGAGCUGCACGAUCAUUAUACAGUGAUUACGGCUCAUUUACAUAUUAGGAGUACCCCCUGUAAGGUGUGGGGUGUCACCUGGCAUGAAGCCCGGCGUCCUGGCUGCCGGCUGUAAUGAUGAAACCGGGAUAAGGAAGAAAAUUAAUAGAAAUGAAGAUCCCCCGCCCUGCCAGCUGAUAGGGCGCCCAACCUGAUAUAAACCUCACUGGCAAUGAGACUGGGCAGAGGACUGGCAAUGAAACAGCACUGAAGUACAGGGACCCUCAGACCCCCCAGACAGCAGCCAUGAAGACAGUCCUGGUGUGGGCAUCUGUGCUGCAGCUGGUGAGGCUGGCAGUGCCCGGGACGUGUCCAGAUGCAGAGAAGGAGCCCAAGUACUGGAGAGACCUGGGCCAGGAGACCCUAGAAGAAGCCCUAAGACUGCAGAGACUGAACACGAACGCUGCCAGAAACCUCAUCCUGUUCCUGGGAGACGGAAUGGGAAUAUCCACGGUAACCGCCACCCGGAUCCUCCGAGGACAGAUGGACGGGGGUCCGGGAGAAAACAGCCGCCUGGAGAUGGAGAAGUUCCCUUAUGUGGCUUUGUCAAAGACAUAUAACACAGACGCCCAGGUCCCGGACAGCGCAGCUACGGCCACGGCUUUCCUGUGUGGUGUGAAGACCAAUAAGGCAAUCAUCGGGCUGAGCGCCGCCACCGAGCUGGGAUCCUGUAACACGUCCAAAGGCAACGAAGUGGACUCCAUCCUGAAGUGGGCAAAGGCGGCAGGGAAGUCAGUCGGAGUAGUAACAACCACCAGGAUCAAUCACGCCACCCCGGCUGCUGCAUACGCCCACAGCGCUAAUCGUGACUGGUAUUCAGAUGCUGACAUGCCACCGGACGCCAUCUGUCAGGGCUGUAAGGAUAUUGCUUGGCAACUGGUUAACAACAUAGCAGAUAUAGAGGUUCUUAUGGGAGGAGGCAGAAAGUACAUGUACCCAAACGGCACCCAGGAUAUAGAAUACCCCCUGGACCCCCAGGCCAAUGGCACAAGACUGGACGGGCAAGACUUAGUAGAUCUCUGGUACAAGAAGAAACCGCCCUCCAAGGUCUCCCAAUACGUGUGGAACAGGACUCAGCUGAUGGGGCUGGACCCAGGAAAGGUGGACUAUCUGAUGGGUCUCUUUGAGCCAUCUGAUCUCCAGUACGAGCUGGAGAGAAAUACCUCGACUGACCCGGCCCUCUCAGAGAUGGUCACAGUCGCCAUCCGCAUCCUACAAAAAAACCCUAAAGGCUUCUACCUGCUGGUGGAAGGUGGACGGAUCGACCACGGCCACCAUGCUGGGCAGGCGAGUCUUGCCCUACACGAGGCUGUGGAGAUGGACAGAGCUGUGGGCCUUGCUGGGACUUUGACCUCAGAGGAGGACACACUGACCCUGGUUACUGCUGACCACUCCCACGUCUUCACCCAUGGGGGCGACGCACCCAGAGGAAACCCCAUACUUGGACUUGUUCAGGAGCAGAGUAAUGUGGACGGGAUGCCUUACACCUCCCUUCUCUAUGGGAACGGACCGGGAUUCAAGAUAGAAGAAGGAAAGCGAGAGAACAUCACAGGCGUAGACACAGAGGAUGCCGGGUACCUCGCCCAGUCAGCGGUGCCCCUCAAAUACGAGACGCACGGAGGAGAAGAUGUCGCCAUCUUUGCAAAAGGCCCAAUGGCUCAUCUCCUACACGGCGUGGUGGAGCAGAGCUACAUACCCUACGCCAUGGGCUACGCUGCCUGUAUUGGGCCCAACCAGGAGCACUGCAGCGGGCGCAAAGGACAUGGGCGACCCCCACCCGGGUACUAGAAGUCACAGCAAGGCCACGUCCUCAAAGUCCUAACCAGCCGAUCACUGCGGACUGUAUAUUAUAACAAUGACACGAUAUUAAAGGGCGCUGAUCCAACAUAUAAUGGAAAGUUCUGCAAUGUGUAGAUUAAUUCAUCACAACAAAGAUCUGCUGGAUGUCAGUGAAUGGAACAACUAAACCUAA